AUGAAGCUGGACACCAGGGCCAUGAGGCACUUGGCCUCAGAAGACUGGAGAGUUCUCACUGCAGUCGAAAUGGGCAGCAAAAACCACGAAGUUGUGCCUACCCCGUUGAUAGAAAAGAUAGCGCGUUUGCGCGGCGGAGCUAGUGGCGUACACAGGAGCAUCUCAGCACUGGCCAAAGUUGGUCUCAUCGCCAGAGUCAAGGAAGCCAAGUACGACGGAUAUCGAUUGACGUACGGGGGUCUCGAUUAUCUCGCCCUGCAUACCCACGCCACACGCAAAGAUCUGUACAGCGUUGGAAACAGGAUUGGCGUCGGAAAAGAGAGCGACAUCAUGAUUGUCGCGGAUCAGACGGGCACACAGCGUGUCUUGAAAAUUCAUCGAUUGGGCAGAAUAUCGUUCCGAACUGUAAAAUCAAACCGCGAUUAUCUCAAGAAUCGGACAUCGGGCUCUUGGAUGUAUCUCUCGAGACUAGCUGCCAUGAAGGAAUAUGCCUUUAUGAAAGCCUUACAUGAGGAGGGGUUCCCAGUUCCUGUCCCCUUGGCACAGUCUCGGCAUACAAUUGUCAUGACCCUUGUGGACGCGAUCCCACUGCGACAAAUUUCCGAUGUCCCAGACCCAGCAUCUCUUUAUGCAGAUUUGAUUGCGCUGGUGCUUCGCUUUGCCAAACAUGGGCUGAUUCACGGGGACUUCAACGAGUUUAACAUUCUCAUCAAGGAGAAGACCAUAUCAGAAAAUGGCGAGGAGUCAUUGAAGCUUGAGCCGAUUGUCAUUGACUUCCCUCAGAUGGUGUCUAUGGAGCACGAGAAUGCCGAAAUGUACUUCGACAGAGAUGUUGAGUGCAUCAAGAGGUUUUUCUCACGGAGAUUCCACUUUACCAGUACAACACCAGGGCCCUUCUUCAGAGACUCGAAAAAGAAACUUGCCAAAGCCGGUUUUAAGAGACUGGAUGCGACUGUAGAGGCGUCCGGCUUUACAAAGAAGAUGUUGAAGGAUCUCGAAGCUGCAAUCAAAGAUCAGGUCACGAAGAGGGGAGAGCACGACAUGCCAGGCAACUUGGACGACGACGACGGCGACGACGAUGAUGAUGAAGUCGAAUCAGAAGACGAAGAGGACAAAAUUGAAGCAGAUGAUGGCAAAGAUGACGGAUGCAUCCUAGGUUCCGAGAGCGAGGAGGGGAAGUUGAGUGCUGAUGCCACUGUCGACGAAGCAUGCUCUGGAGCUGUGUCCCCAAUUCGGUUCAAUGAAGAUCUGUCCAAGUUGACAGUAUAG